AUGUCCUCCAAGUUGAUUGAUAUAGCAGCAUCGAAUGAACAGUCAAAACCCCUUAGUAAAACCCUCUUUGAGUCUCUUAGCUCUGUUGGCGUUCUUCGGCUUACCUAUCAGCAGUGGCUUGCAGAAAAUAACUACAACCACACUGAUGUAUCCUCUUUUAUUCGCUUUCUGGAUUCCCUUCGCGCACUGGAGAAGAAAAUUCUUAGCGAAAUUGUUGGAUCACCUUCUUUCACUGUGUUGAUUCAGUUGUACAUUGAAGUUAUUGAAAAGCAUUCAUUUUUCUGGUCUGAUUUGGUCUCGUCUUCAGACGAGUGUAAAUUGUUUUUCUUUUGGUCACUAAUAAAGGCUAUCAAAAAGUUGGACAGUUCUUUUCCUGAAGAAGUUCAUGUGGUUUUGCCCAGCAGCACAAUUUGGCCAUUAAAAUCAGAAUCAGAUGGACAAGGAAAUGAUCAUCUUACCAAAGCCAUUGCAUUUUCGGGCCCUGAGUUAUGUUUGCUUGCCUUGGAAGGUCUUUGCAUUUCAUCUUACAUUGCUGACAAGGAUGAUGCAGCUGCUCUUCAGCUGGAUGAGAUUUACCAGAUGUUUUUGGAGAGGAUGGAACUAGAGAAGAAGAGAAUGCAGGAUAGAAUGGUUUACAGUGAGAAUGAUAAUAUUGAAAAUAGAUCUGCUGCAUGCUGUAUUUUUCGCCCAGAGAUUGUGGCUACAGGGUUUGGAUUUAGCAGUUGGAUGGAGAUAUAUUCUAUUGCUAGAAGUGAAAGUAGUUCGUUAGAUGUAGAGUUACUUGCUGUACUUCAGCACCUCUUGGUGGCACAAUCUACUGAACAUAAGGAUCUUUUGGAUAUUCGAAAUCUGCUUAAACCUGCUCUAGAGUAUUCCUUAUCCUCAACAAGACCUCCACAGACUCUUGUAGCUCAUCAAAAACUACUGUGGGCAAUUGAUGCCCGUGCCUCUGUCCUCCGGGUGGACACCAAAAUUGCUGGUUUUGUUCUCGAAAUGUGGUACUGGUGGCAUUCUGUUUUGUGGAAAAAUUGUCAAAUCGGUCUCAUGAGUAUCUCAGAGAUCGGUAACUGUCGGAUUAUGUCGCCUUCUAUGCUGAUUCAGCCUGUGAAAACAGCUACCAUUGAUCAGAUUCUGUAAGUGAUGUAACUCCAUUAAACGGUGUGAAAUCUUAGCAUUUGGUGUGG